AUGGGCGCAAACAACAUCUUUUGGCGACAAUCGCAAUCCGCGCGUUUCAAGUUCACUGUUGAGAUCGCGCGCGCCCGUGUCUUUCUCUCAGCACCUUCUCCUCCUUCUCGAGGCAAACGACGAUUAUCUGCCAUGUUCAUGGAUUUAGUGGAUAGAACAGAAUGGCCGGAGUAUUACGAGGUUAUUCCAGAGCCUCGAUGCAUCAAUGCCGUCCAGGCCAGUGUGGAAAAGAAUAGAUACAAGGACCCCUCGCACGCAUAUACAGACCUUUCUCUCGUGUUUUGGAACGCCAUGUUUUACAACGAACCAACAAGUCAGAUUGCCAUGGAUGCUGAGGCACUAAAAACUAUACUGGAAGCAGAAUGGCAGAAGCGCAGCAUUCUACCAAUACCACGUCAUUCUCCACCCCCGUCAUCUCCUCAGAAAGUUCACGGCAUUAUUCCCGCACCUGUUCCAGAAUCUACGACAGUACAAAUCACGUCUUCGGUUAAUAACCAAAAAACGACGCCUGUCGGACCUGCACCCGCCAGCUUAAGCAUCAACGCUGAAGUGCGGACUCAGAAGCCUUUCCAUCCUCGUUCAAAAUCGCCUCAGCAAGUGUCUUCUCCCGACAUGGAAGUAGACGUAAGCGGUAUGUCGCCUGAACCUGAGGGACAGACAGAGGAUAUCAACAUAGGAACUGGAGUUAGCGAGGAGAGAGACGCUGAGAGCGACGAAAUCGUCAAGCAACUUGAGAAGGGUUUGCCAAAAUGGGAAGGCUUUGGAGACAGUGGAUGGAUGUCCGAAGUCAGCAAGGACCGCCUAUUGGAAAUUGUAUAUGCGAUUAAGACUUACAAAGAUGUUAUUGGAAAUCGACUUGCUGUCGCCCUUGAGGCCGUGCCAGAAGAGUCUACAUCCACGAAUUUAUCCUUCCACUCACCGUUAUCCCUGAAAUCGAUAGAGGGUCAGGUUCGCUCCCAAAGCUACGAGUCUUCGAAAGAUUUUGAUUGUGAUAUGGCACGCCUGUUUGAAAAGGCGAGGAGAUGGCACGAGCCUUGUAGUGAGCCGUACGGUAGAGUACUUCUUCUUCAACGCCUGUACCAAGCCCUCACGUCCUCCUCGCCACCACAGGGCCCCCCCUAUACAUCAACGACAAAUUUUGCUUCUGUCCGUGCAGGGCCUGGAACGGCUCGCCCCCUUCACUCCACGGACUCGGAGGGUGUUCCUGGUGUUACUACUUUCCGCGUUUCGACAAAAGAUCGCUCCUUUGUUGAAGAGGUACAUUACAAGGGCUGGAGCAUACGCCUUGCAGACUGGCUGCAUUUGUCUAAUCCAGACGACCCGAGUCGCCCUAUUAUUGCUCAGGUAUUCAAAUGCUGGGUGUCUGACGAACCGACAAAGAAGGGACAGCCUGGUCUUACGAUUUGCUGGUACUACCGGCCUGAGCAGACUUUCCAUCUUGCUCAAAGACUGUUUUGGGAAGGCGAAGUCUUCAAAACCAGCCACUUCGCCGACCACCCACUUGAAGACGUAAUAGAAAAGAUAGCCUGUCAGUUUACUGCGAGGCAUAUCCGCGGCCGCCCCCGUCCCCCAUUCUGGUACCCUGGCUGGCCCCUGUACGUGUGUGAUUCACGUUAUAACGACCGUGAACGGGUAUUUGUGAAGAUUAAGAAUUGGAAUUCGUGUGUCCCAGAAGAAGUGCGGAAGAGCACGGAGUUCAUGCCCAUAUACCCUUUCGAGCGUGUCGUUUUCCCUAGAAGGUUUCCUAGUCCCUUUUUAGCAAAGGGAGGUAAAGUGGGCGCCGUGAAAGGUCCAGGGGGCAUCACAGAGAACGUGGAAAAAUCGGAGGCAGAGAAAGCCGAAGGUAGUUCAACAGCCAGGAAAAGACCAAGGCGAGCUGCCGGGGGCGCUGCGGGAGGAGGACCAGAUCACGCAGGCCCGAGUAAAGGCCUGUACGUCGGGGCGCCUUCUGGACAAGGAGCUACUGCACCCCCAACCACUGUGUUUCACUAUCCGCCGCCACAGCAGACUCAGCCUCAUAGGUCUCAACCGAACACCGACGAUAGUCGUGACAGGACCCUAUUAACUGCUGCUGCUGGAAGUACGGGGGCUGCCCCUCUCAUAGAGAAGCUCCCAGCAGAAACAACCAAACACUUCGAUCGUUCUCCAGAAACGAACGAGAUAUUUUGGUUCUCUGCGCCCCCUAUGAACAUUCCACGUCCUCCGGAACCUAAGCAUAGCCUUGCUUACUUGCAUUUCCUUGCAAGCAAAAAGAAGAAUGAAGCUAUCUCUAACGACAACGGCAUGGACGUUGACGAUGAUUUGCCAGAGGCUCCCGCGAAGCGGCAAUGUGUAAAGGUGCCUCCCACUGUUACUGCAACUCUGCACUCAGUUCUGGCAGAAAUGACAAAACCGACAGUCUAAUUUUUCCCCAUUGUCAAAGUAUUUUUCUGAUGUGUAUAAUAC